AUGUCCUUCUCAUCAAUUUAUAAAACCUUUUUCAAACGGAACGCCGUUUAUGUUGGUACCAUUUUUGCUGGUGCCUUUGUUUUCCAAACUGUAUUUGAUACUGCCAUUACCUCGUGGUACGAGAAUCAUAAUAAGGGGAAAUUAUGGAAAGACGUCAAGGCUCGAAUAGCCGCAGGUGACGGAGACGAUGACGACGAUGAAUAA